AUGGACACACCUUGUCUUCCCUACAAUAGACGCGGCACCCGUUACAACGUUAUAUUUUUCUAUCUUUCUGUCUUUUUCUUUUUCGUCCCUUCCCUUACUUCGACCUUUCUUUCUUUCUUUCUUUCUUUCUUUCUUUCUUUCUUUCUUUCUUUCUCCUGUAUCAGUUGCUUUUUACAUGCACCUAUUUCGUUUAUUUUCCAUCUUCCUUGCCGGAUUUGUCCUUUUGAUAUAUUUUUCUUUCUUAAGUGUGCUUCCUUUCAUUGGCCUCAAGCAUUUCAUUCGUUCGUCUUUUUGCUUUUUCCUUUCCUUCUCAAUUUUCUUUAUUUGCUUGCUUAUUGCUUUCUGUUGAUGCUUUCUUUCUUUAUUUGUUUGCUUCUUGCUUGCAUCUUUUCUUUCAGUGAACUCUUUCUUUCUUUCAUUCUUUCUUCUGUUCAUUUCUUUGUUAACUUCUUUCAUUCCUUAUUCCAUUUCUUCAAUCUUUCUAUUUCUUUUUAUUCUUAUUUUCUUCCGUAUAAUUUUCUUUUUGAAUUCUCUUUUCUUUCUUUUGCUUUUUUUCUAUUUUCGUUCUAUUUGGUUUCUGUUUUUUUCCUUCUUUCUUUUCUCUCAUUCCUUCUUUCUUUCUGUUACUACUUUCUUCCCUUUUAUUUUUAUUUUGUUCUUUCUUUCUUUCUUUCUUUGAGUUUACUUCUUUUUUACACUUGUUUCAUUCAUUAUUCUAUUUUUUCUAUUUUCUUUUUUUUCUUAUGCUUUUUUCUUUCUUCUUUUCUUCUUUGCCGGUGUUUUUUGCAUUCCUUUGUUUCUUUCGUCAUUACUUUCUUUGUCUAUCAGAUUUCUUGCCUACACUUUCUUUCCUCCUUUCAAAACGUGUCAAUAUAUCUAUCGAUUUUUCUUCUAAUCAUAUUUUUUCUUUGUCUCAUUGUUCUUCACAAUAUUAUUCUCAUUUUAUCUAUCUAUCUAUCUAUCUAUCUAUCUAUCUAUCUAUCUAUCUCCACAUUAAACUAUACAUGCUUUUCUAUCUUAUUUCGCAUCCUUAUCAAAUAUUUAUUUCAAAUUUCAUCUCUCAUUCUUUUUCUUUUCAUGUUUUUUUUUUUAAUUUUUGCCACAUCAUACGUUACCAUCUCGUUGUUAUUCCUUUCAAUCUUUUCUCAUUUUCUUUCUUUUUAUCUUUUCCUUUUUCGUUUCUGUUCAUGCUCUUGUAUUCUCUUCAUAUUCUAUCUUUUAGUCCAUUUCUCUUUUCUUGUAACCAACAUUUACGCAUUUUCACACAUUUUCUUUCAUUCUUUCUUUCUUUCUUUCUUUCUUUGCUCAUCUGAUACUUUCUCUCUUGCUUUUAUCCUCUUUUUGCUUUCUUUCCUUCUUUCCUGUUUCUUUCUUUCUUUUUCUUUCUUUCUUUCUUUCUUUUCUUUCUUUCUUUCUUUCUUUCUUUCUUUCUUUUUCUUUCUUUCUUUCUUUCUUUGCUCGUCUGACACUUUCUGCCUUGCUUUUAUCCUGUUCUUGCUUUCUUUCCUUCUUUCCUCUUCUUUCUUUCUUUCUUUCUUUCUUUCUUUCUUUCUUUCUUUCUGUUCGUUUUUCGUUUUCUUUCUUCAUUACUUUAUUUGCUUGUCUGUUAGUUUCUUUUGUCGUUGCAUUUUUCCUAUUUUUCUUUUCUUUCUUUAUUUCGGGCUUUCUUGUCCCUUUCUUCCUUCGUUUUCUUUUACGCUUAUCUUUUCUCUAACUUUUGUUUCUUCUUCACAUUCUAAUUUAUCUUUUCAACUACUCACCUACUUUUUUAUUUUAACUCUACAUAACCAACCUUCUCUUUAUCGUAACUUUUCAGUCUUUCCAACGAAUCCACUCUUCACUGAUAAAUUAACAUCCAUUCUUUCAACUACUUACUCCUUUAUCACUCCUUAUCUCUCUUAA